UACACACUACAUAUAGACGAGCUAUCCAAUUUAUUUGUAUAUAUAACUGCUAUAUUAAAUUAAAGACAAUUGUAGGUGGUGAUAAGGAGCGCGUUGCCAUGUCCGACCAAAAUUCCAUACGCAGCCUGAGCCCAGAGCUGGCCAGCAAAGCCCAGAAGGAGCUGGGAGAGGUGCCCGAUCGGAUCGAAGAGGACAUUGAGACUCUGCGCACUUGGAUCUCAAAGCAGCCACAUCUGAAGGCCCGCCAGGAUGCCCAGUUCCUGAUAGCCUUCCUGCGCGGCUGUAAGUACAGCCUGGAGAAGACCAAGCUCAAGCUGGACAACUUCUAUGCCAUGCGAGGCGUCGUUCCCGAGUUAUACAAGAAUCGCUUUGUGGGAGAGAAGCAAAUGGGAAUACUCGAAACAGGAUGCCUCCUCCGCUUGCCCCAGCCCCUGGGCGCAGAUGGGCCCCGCAUUCACAUCUCCCGCUAUGGCCUAUACGACUCCAAGAAGUACUCCAUCGCAGAGGUUGUCCAAGUCAGCACCAUGAUGGGAGAGAUUCAGAUACGGGAGGACGACAAUGCCAUGAUUUCCGGCUUCGUUGAGAUCAUCGACAUGAAGGGCGUUGGGGCAGGUCAUAUAUUCCAGUUCGAUGCGGUGCUGGUCAAGAAGCUGGCCGUUCUAGGUGACAAGGCACUCCCCUAUAGGCCCAAGGGCUUCCACUUUGUCAAUGCACCAGCCAGUGCCGAGACGUUUAUGUCCAUUGCAAAGAGUUUGAUGAGUGAGAAGAUUCGAAAGCGAUUUCACAUACACACCAAGCUGGAGAGCCUCUACAAAUAUGUCCCCAAAGAAUGCCUGCCGGCCGAGUACGGUGGAAGCAAUGGAACCAUAGAGGAUGUGGUCACCACGUGGAGGGAAAAACUCUUGUCUUAUCAGAACUUCUUCGAGGAGGAGGUGUCGUACGGCACAAAUGAGAAGCUGAGGCGAGGGGACGCCGUCAACGUCGAAUCCCUCUUUGGCAUUGAGGGAUCUUUUAGAAAGCUCGACAUCGACUAGGAUAAGCACUUAGCAAAUAGUUAUUUAAUAAUGAAUUCUAAUGAAUACAGAACAAAGGAAAAACA